CAAAGAGUUAUCCGAGAGACUUGAGGAAUUACUUUAAACUGCGAAAACUUCAGAGGGUUGUUUGUUCUGAAUCUGCGUUUACGGAAAAUGUAUUGGCUCUGACAUCCAGUUUUAGGAACCUGUCUGGGGCGUGUGUCGAUAUAAAACGAAUCCGAAAAUAUUCCAAGAAUCUUUGGGGAAGAAAAGGUAUUUGGCGGGCAAUAAAGCAACUGAUGAAUGGACCAGCGCGUACUUUAAAAACUGAAAGAAGUGAGGGUUGCUUUCCCGUGUUUCCGAGGCACUGCGCUUAAUUAUGGUGGAUAAGGGUCCCCUACUGACUUCGGCUAUUAUUUUCUACCUGUCCAUUGGGGCAGCAAUAUUCCAAGUGCUUGAGGAACCGAAUUGGAAGUUGGCAGUGAAUGAAUAUAAUGAUAAGAAGGAGAGAAUAUUGAAAGACUACCCGUGCCUUAAAAAAGAUGACUUGGACAAGAUCUUGGAGGUGGUGUCUGAGGCUGCAGGACAAGGUGUCACCAUUACAGGAAACAAAACCUUUAACAACUGGAACUGGCCAAAUGCUGUCAUUUUUGCUGCUACCGUUAUUACAACCAUAGGUUAUGGCAAUAUUGCUCCCAAGACAUCAUCAGGAAGGGUUUUUUGCAUUUUUUAUGGACUGUUCGGUGUACCACUUUGCCUGACGUGGAUCAGUGAACUUGGGAAAUUUUUUGGUGGAAGAGCAAAACAUCUUGGACAAUAUCUUACCAAAAGGGGUCUGUCACUGCGGAAGGCACAGUUCACCUGUACAGCAAUCUUUCUACUGUGGGGUGUACUAGUUCAUUUGGUUAUUCCCCCAUUCGUUUUCAUGUCUCAGGAAGGUUGGACCUACAUAGAGGGUUUAUACUUUUCCUUCGUCACUUUGACAACUAUUGGAUUUGGUGAUCUUGUUGCAGGUGUUGACCCAAAUGCAGACUACCCUACGCUCUACCGCUACUUUGUGGAGGUGUGGAUAUACCUUGGCUUGGCCUGGCUAUCCCUGUUUUUCAAUUGGAAAGUGCGUAUGGUCAUUGAGGCCCACAAGGCUCUGAAGAAACGGAGAAAACGUCGAAAGCUGUCACUGGACGAGCUACAGAACUGCAAAGAUAGGCACAAAACCCUGCCCCUGCCGUCUGCCACAAAUGAUGUCAACAUCUUCAGCUUUCUUUCCAAGAGGCAGGAGGGCUACAAUGACCUCAUCAAACAGAUCGGUGCCAAGAAGGAAGGUGAUGGUCCAUGUGCCACUAGGGUUGCCAGUAACAACCGCUCCAAGAGCUGCAGCGACGCUGCCACUGUUAACGGAAAUGCGAUCCUCAACCUAGAGCGCUCGCCUCGGCACAAGCGCCGUUACAGCUUCAGCGAUCGAGUCACUGUGGCCUUCUCCAAGUCCAAGAGCUACCUGCUUGGGCAAGAGGGGGGGCCUCUCCUCAAUGAGAUGCAGGGUGAUGGCGACCUCGAUGCUGAUCUGGAGAGGAUGUAUGAAAAUCAGUUGGAUAAAGAAGCAGAUGAGGAGCAGGGAAUCCUUGAGCCUGGAGGCUGCAGCAGUAGCCAUCACAUGUGGGACUCCAAAGAGUAUCAACCCCUUAUCUUUCCAAAUGCCAACAUCACCUUCAUUGAUGAGGAAAACCUGCUAAACAACAAUUUAGAAGGGGAGGAUGAAGUUGCCAAGCCCAAGCUCUCAACGUCAGAUGAAAAUGGUGAAUCAGAAACUGAUUCCAAGGAGGAGCAGUCUUCUGAAUCAGAGGGAUCAGUGUUCACAGACAGGUCAGAACACCGUCACUCCUAUGAGCAGCUGGUAGAGGAGUACUCCAAGGAAGACAACACCCAGAAUCUGUGAAAUGCAUUUUAGUCAGUAUUAUGCCAAGCAAAAAUGUUGGAACAACAGCUGCCAUACUCCAAACUACCCCAAAUGACAUGACCAAAAUGAAGUCAACAGUUCAAUACACUUGUAAAGACUCUAUGGACCAGUAGAAAUAGGAUUUUUUUCAGAAGUCUUCUUUCUAAGACUUCUUGACAGUUGCUAAGAUAUGUAGGUUUUGUAGGUGGUUUAUUUCUAAUUUUUGGGUUAUAUUUAUUAGAUCAAAUGAAAUUCAAACAGCCUGCAAAAUAUGUACUGCAGAAUCAGUUGUAAUGGGUCCAUGGUCCACUGCAACCUGAUUUAUA